AUGUGCUUCGUUGAAUUCCUCGCUUAUCUCUGCGGGCACGCCUCAGUGGGUGUCAAUCGCGCCUGCCCUCUGACAACACACCUAUACAACAACCCAUGCUGCAAUAAGCCGGCAACCCGCCCUUUCCUUGUGAAUACAAUGUGUCACCCUUGCAACCGGGUCAUGCAUGGAAGGCAAGUCGACAUUGCCGAGGCCGAGCAUCGCUGGAUGCAUGAGCGCGGAGCCUGCGGUUGCGAGGUGAUAUUCCCCGGUUUACAGCAGCCAAGGCUUAUGAAGCGGCCGUCUAUUGACGACGAUGAGAAUGCUACUGGCUUAACGACGAAAGCGGCGGCCGGGGUUGGCACCUCAGCUGGUAGUCCUACUUUUCCAGCACACACCACGCAACCAAACUACCAGGGUCCAGGGAAAGGGGUCGAAAUGCCACUGUACAAGGAAACUGCAGUUGGAAACAACGUCGAGGUCGCCGUUCGACUCGGCAGUCUGUAUGGCGCUGAGUGGACAGAGGACCACGCCAAGCUUCACAAGAGCGGUAGAUGCAAGUGUCCUGUCAGCUUCGAGAGAUACAAGCCUCUAGAUACCAGUGAUUGUCAAGACGAGACAUAUAACCUUGGCCGAGAUCAUUCGGAAUCGCUGAACCAGACUUGGGAGACUCAGUACGACUUAUCGUCAUCUAUGGACAGUCACAAUCCCAACGCUCACGCUGUUGUGGCGCCUACAUACACUGCCUAUGCGGGAACUUCGAGUACAAAUAAUAACGCAGCCAAUGACUCCCAGUAUCGACCUGUAUAUAACCGGCUUCCUUCUGGACCAGUGACGCAGUAUCCAUACGGAUAUAGCCAGACUGCCUCCGGGAAUUUCGCGAGGUGGACUGCCGAAGGCCCUCAGAAAUCACUUCUUGACGAGAUACUCGGACCGACAAGACCCGAUGCUUCCCGGCAUGGAGAGCGCACCUGGGAUGCCCAGACGAUGCAUUACCCCAACGUCGGUACCCCGAUUGCUGGCGUCCCAAUUGCUUGCGGAAUAGCACAAGAGAGUGCGUUCGCUUCGGCUGUCGAAUUUCCACAGCCUGAAAGAACUAUUGCCGGAUUUCCCAUCGGCGCCGGCCCGGAAGGAGAGUCUCAUGCCGGAGAUUUCGAGGCAUGCUCUCUUAAUUCAUCAAACACUGCAGACUCGCCAGUGAGAAGACGCCGGUUGUCGUCCGAGUUUUGA